AUGUCAUACAUCUUCAAACACAUAAGCGCUGGAAAGGUUUGCACAACGAAUAACAUCUGCUUUGUAAAGUGGGGGAAGAUGAUGACCACUCCACACAUGAGUUGUAAAAAAUUCUCCCUAAGUGGAUACUCCGCGGGGGGCGGUGGCGACGCCAGCGACGGAAGCAACGGCAUUAACCAUGUUAGUCCCUUUUCCUAUGUUAACCGUUCUGACGAAACGGAACCCGUGUCGCCCAACUGUCUGGGGGAGCCUGCCUCCAGCCAUACGCCGCACAGCACAUGUGGCGACCUCUCAGGUGAAGUCCUUUUAAGAAAAUACGACAGAAUUUUAUUAAUUGAAAAAUACACCAAGUAUGAUAAUCUGAGGAAGCAAGGAUAUAAGGACGAUUAUAUUUUGCGCAAUUUUUUUUCUGUUUAUAUUUCUCACUUCACGCAUACUCUUAUAGUGAAUAACAUCAUUAACCUUUUGAGGACAAAGUACAGAUCACACGUUUCCAUUCUUAAGGCGUAUAAGCGGAACAUUGAAAAUAUUUGUAUCAGCAGCUCCAGUAUUUUUUCUCCGGAUGCGAUUUUCAGCGUGGGCGGAGACGGAACAUACCUCGAGUCGGCGCAUAUAAUCGCUAACAAAUACAUCGUGGACGACAACUCUGGAGGGAAGAAGAAGCACAUCGAGCUGGUUGGAAUUAAUAGCGACCCCAGGGGAUCGGAAGGGAAACUCUGCCUGGAAUAUUGCCAUGUAGAAUCUGAAAAUGAAGUAAACUACACGUAUGAAUCAUUUGAAGAAUUCGAGGAAAUUUACUACAAGAAAAAAAAAAAAAAAAAUUUUAUUUUCACGGAUGUGUCCAAUUUUAUCAGGACCCUCAAGGAUAGGGAAGAGAAGGGGAAGAAAAUGAGGAGUAAUAAGCAGCAAAUGGAAGAAUCGAAUUUGACACAUUUGAACACGAUGGAGCGAAUCACACAGAAUAAUAGUUUGUGUUAUGAUGGUGUGGAUGUGAAUGAGCAUAAUGGUGCGUCUGACAAGAUGGUCCACUCGGUCGGGAUGCGGAAAAGCAGUGAAGAGGGUGAUGCUGGAGAAUCGCCCCACACCCAACCUUCCAGCAAUCCGUUCACUUCCCUCCUCUCCACGCAGAGCGAGCGCCUGGAUAGUCUCACCAUCAGCGCAGAGGAGUACGCCAGGAAUACGCUCAAGUGCUUCUUCGAAACGAACAAGCAUCGUAAGCUACACAGAAAGUACAUCACUGUGUACAUCAAAAGGUCCAACGAAGAAGAAGGAAAAACAUACAGAAGUAUUAAUGAAGUGUACAUAUAUGAAGCUGUUAAAAAUAAUAUUUGUACAUAUAUAAAUAUAGAUAAUAAAAUUGUAAAAAAGCUAAAAAGUACAGCUCUGUUAAUUACAAGUGGAACUGGGUCUACUGCCUGGGCAUACAAUGUUAAUAAAAUUGAUAAAAAAAAAAUGAAAAAUAUUAUCGACGAAUUUGUACGUAUACAAAAUGAUGUAGUGAAGGAAAAUAUCCAGCCCAUAAACUACGAUGCUUUUUCAGAGUACAUAAAUAAUUCCAUUUGUUUUCAUCCCAGUAGUAAACAUAUGAAGUGUAUCGUUAAAGAGCCCGUGGAAAAUAGUGUGUAUGACUCUACUGAUCAUGUGUACGAUUGCCAAUAUGUCAAUAUACGGACCUGCACCAGCAACACAAUCGUCUACAUUGAUGGUGUAUACAAUAUUAAGAUUCAACCCAACGACUCAAUCAUUCUUCACAUAAAGGAGGAUGACUUUGUCGUCAGUUACAAGUAG